CUCGAGACCAGACCCCGACUCUCCUCUGCGCAGCCGCAACCGCACGACUACCAGGAUGAACCGCAACCUUCUGAGUGUGGCGUUGGUGCUAGUGCUGGCCACCGCAGCACUGGCAGCAGUCACCGAAGAGGUCGUCAACGAGGACUCGCGCCACCCGGGCAAGUGCUACGACGCGAAGCGCAACGAGGGCUACGCCGUGGGCGCCAAGUGGCACCGCAUCAAGGAGCCCUGCACCGAGCUCUCCUGCGAGCGCCACCGCGAGCCGGGCAAAUACGUCAUCAAGAAGACCACAUGUGAAACGGUGCGCCCCAAGGCAGGCUGCACCAUCGAGGAAGGCAACCGGCGAGCCAACUACCCGCGCUGCUGCAACUCGCUCAAGUGCCCCAACCAAGGCUGAACCUCCCUCCCGCAGGCAGCCCCACGCCCCGGCGCCGCGCGCCCGGGGCACUCAAGCUUUUGUAUGGACAAACAUACACGCCCAGCCAUACUCGUAAAGCAGUGUACAAGUCUCUCUCUCAAUCUUCCACUCAUUUCUGCUUUCUUCCUCUGGCGCUUCCGAGAUUCAGUUUGUGUGCAGCCGAAAACCUUACGAUAACAGUGAUUCCAAUUGUGGCACUGGUUCAUAGAACCUGUCAACGGUUAUUAUUGGCAUCGCAUAAGUAGAGAACCAAAUAACAUACAGAAGAUGCCCAGAAAAAUCUUGCACCAGAAAAUGAAUAAUACUAGCGGAAUGUGCCUCCUCGAAACAAUAUCAUACAUCAACAGCAACUGUAAGCGCAUGAUAACGAUGUCUUCUUAAGAUAAACACUUUCUUCAAAAACAAAUUAGUUCUGAAAAAGAAAUCUACAUUUCGUUGCAUAUUUAAAAAUAACAUGUAACAACAUAAGAGCACGUACUGAUUGUAUUUUUAUUUUUCAAAUUGUAUUUUUUUAAUUUUUACUACAAUAUGCUACGAACUAAAUCUUGAAGCACCUCAACAUUCUGUCGUUGUCAAUAAUCAUUUAACACAUCAGUUACACUGUGAUGUAAAUGUUAUGCGAAGGUGUCGUCAGGAACAUUUGAAUAUGUAAAUUUUUUACUUCAUUGUACACGAAAAAGUAAUAAAAUAAAUAUGGCCAUGAAAAAUUAAUGAAAAUAAAUCUAUGUUUUCCUU